AUGGACCCAAGUGUGAGAGAGUUUGCUGUUGGAAAAUCACAUGGACUUGUCUACAAGUUAUCAACAACACUUCGUGAGUCGAUGACCAAACAAAUGCAACCCAGUGUCCUGCCUCUCAGAGACAUAAACCAUGGGUUUCCGUCGUCCAGGUGUAACUCAUGCAAAGAAAAUUCUUCGGCAGUCAUUUUCAAUUCAAGUCUAGGAGGUUCAUAUAAUGUAGCAGAUGUCCCAAAAGGUUAUUUAGCGGUUUAUGUUGGGGAGAACGAGAGACAGCAGUUUAUCAUUCCUGUAUCAUACCUCAACCAACCUUCAUUCCAAGACUUGCUAAGUGAUGCUGAACAAGAAUUUGGAUUUGAUCAUCCAAUGGGUGGUCUAACAAUUCCCUGCAGACAAGAUAUCUUCAUUGAUAUUAUUUCUCAGUUUUGAAUACUUUAGGAUUACAUGAGUUGCGUUACAUUUUUGUAAUGCAAAAUUUUCAACAUACUGUACAAAUAAUUUUCCCUUUUUGUGAGUCCAAAUUGUACUUUCUGAAGGAUGAUGUAAAUGAAGAUUAUAAUUGUAGAGAAUGUUGUUAGCC